UUUACUUUGAAGAAUGUUUAUUUGUUUUUUUUUUCUCGUACAUACAAUCAUUUAGUCGUUUUUUUAGGAUUUUAUCUUAUUUAUUUCAUGUAUUUAUUAUACACGUACAUACAGUUUCCUCUCCUUUCAAUACCUUCAGCUUGCUUGUAUCAUCAUAUUCACAGAGUUCACACAUUUCGUUCGAAAAACCUCACUCCUUGGGAAAAUCACCUAUCCAGCUAGAAAUUACCUUCAAUCGUUCACUACAUACCCAAAAUGACUCCCUCGAUAGCUAUCGAUGUAACCGGCGCAUGCUCAACCUCUCUCUCCUCCACCAAAACCUCCUCGCCACCCGACUCCUUCCAUCAACUCGUCGCAGAUCUCUCCCAAAUUCUCGGGCCAUCCUCCGGCCUCACAUCCGCAGACGUAGAUGUACAGCAACUUCGCUCCCUAAUGGAGCGGUACAUCUCCCACGAAGACGAAUGGCGAAAAUACGCAUUUGCAGAUCUAAGCAGAGGCUACACGAGAAAUUUAGUAGACGAAGGAAACGGGAAGAGUAAUUUGCUAAUCCUCGUCUGGAGUCCCGGAAAAGGCUCGCCCCUGCACGACCACGCAGAUGCGCAUUGUCUCAUGAAAGUCCUAUCGGGAACUCUCUCCGAAACCCAAUACACAUUCCCAUCCACCUCCACCUCCAGCUCCGCAUCCGGAUUCACCUCCUCCACCUCCUCCACAUUUUCCUCAUCCGAGCCUCCCAGUACUCCCCCCACAAUAAUAAAAACCACAACCUACACCACAAACCAAGUAACCUACAUGUCCGACGAUCUCGGCCUCCACCGGAUAUCUAAUCCCGAUCCCGAAAACGUAGCUGUGAGUUUACAUCUCUACACGCCACCGAAUGCGGCAAGAGAGGGCUGCCAUAUCUUUGAUGAGAGAACGGGAAGGAAAAGCCAUGUUACGCAGUCUAAUUUCUACUCGGUGUUUGGGGAACGGGUUGGCGGACAGGUGUAGAUUGUAUUGUAUUGUGUGAUUGUUUGAAGAUUUCGAGAUAGAAGUGAUCUGGAUUCUGUUAUUUUAUUUUUGUUAAUGAUUUAGAGAUGAGAGGAGGUGUAGAUGCAUGUGUAAACUGUACGGGAUCUAGAGAUUGGGAUGGAACAUACGAUACCUCAUUCGGUGUCCUUGGAUAUUAUUCCAGCCAGAAGCUUUUUAGAUCAUCCUUAACCACACGACACGGCAAUAUAAUGCCUAUCUUGAAGAGUCGGACAUCAUGUGUCAGACGCACCGGGUCCCUCCAGACUGUUGAAACAAUGCGUGGCUUGGGGUUGGUCAUGCAAUGUCAAAUUGUAUGAUCGAGCUGUCAAAAUUACACUCAGCUCGAUAUAUUGAAUAGAUAAUUUGAAGCAUAAUGGACACUCGCGCCUCAUUGUAUUAUCAAGGUAUGAAAAGUAAUUGUAAGAUAUGAACAAGGGGGAUGAAACAUUAUUCAUGUCAAAAUUUACAUUAAGGUACUGUGUUAUGAAUUUCAUU